AUGAUAAAAAUAAACAGAUAUAACGUGCAGCUAAUCAGCAGGUGUAAAAGUGGGCGUGUCCCAGCAGGUGGUAAAGCUGAUAAAUGUACAGUGACCUCGACCCCGGCUCCAACACGCCCACUGCUCCCACUCCCGCUGCUGCUGAUGGACUCUUGGAGUUUGUUUGGUUGUAAAGACAGUAAGAGAUGGAGGUCUCAGCCUGGACCUUUCGCUCCAUCCGACUUCCAGACCGGACUGUUCGACUGCUGCGAUGACUGCACCACAUGUUUGUGUGGCUAUUUCUGUCUCUCCUGUCUGGGCUGUUCCAUUGCCAAAGAUAUGGGGGAGUGCUGUUUGUGUGGAUUGGGAAUGCCCAUCCGCAGCGUCUACAGAACCAAAUACAACAUCAAGGGUUCUAUGUGUAAAGACUACAUGGUGGCUAGCUGCUGCUUGCCGUGUGCAACCUGCCAGCUGAAGAGAGACAUCGACAGGAGGAAGCAGCAGGGGAUCUUCUGA